AUGAGCGAAAAAACGAGAAGCCUUCAGAAGAGACUCUUCAGGACACUUUGCAUUCAGACAGCGAUCCCCGUCGCCUCACACACGAUACCAUGGGCCUACUAUGCUAUUGUGAUCAUUUGGUCACCAGGAUAUAUCAACCAACCGCUGAAUAACUUCUUCUUUGCAAUCUUUGAAAUGCACGGAACGAACGGAUCGAUUGCCCUAUUGUUGCUGACCGAACCAUAUAGAAGAUUCAUUCGGGGAAUGCUGAGGAAGAUUCCCGUCUUGGGGAAAUUUACAACGCUGGAUCUGACACGAAUCCACAUUUUCGGGACAUCAUCCGGAACGGAGCAA